AUGACAAUAAGUGAUGCCGGCCAAGGAGCCGGGGAUUUGUGGGAGAGACCUCGGCGCUAUUUUCCCACAGUCCUCAUCGAGUGCGAUAAUCAGCAGCAGCAGCGGCGGCAGCCGCGGCAAGGAGUUACGACACUAGCCAUCACAGCAGGAGCAGUAGUGGGUUCUUCGUGUGGACAAUUAACUCCCCCCCUCUCUCUCUCUCUCUCUCUCUCUCUCUCUCCCUCUCUCUCUCUCGCUCGCUCGUGGAAAGCUCAACUUGUGAGCCAUCUUUCUUUCUUUCUAUCUAUCUUUCUAUCUAUCUUAGUCGGUUCAGAGCCAUCUUUCUUUCUAUCUAUCUAUCUAUCUAUCUAUCUUAGUCGGUUCAGAGCCAUCUUUCUUUCUAUCUAUCUAUCUAUCUAUCUAUCUAUCUUAGUCGGUUCAGAGCCAUCUUUCUUUCUAUCUAUCUAUCUAUCUAUCUAUCUUAGUCGGUUUAGAGCUAUCUAUCUAUCUAUCUAUCUAUCUUAUUCAGAGCCAUCUUUCUUUCUUUCUUUCUUUUUAUCUAUCUAUCUAUCUAUCUAUCUAUCUAUCUAUAUUAGUCGAUUCAGAGCCAUCUUUCUUUCUAUCUAUCUAUCUAUCUAUCUAUCUAUCUAUCUAUCUAUCUAUCUGUCUAUCUAUCUAUCUAUAUUAGUCGAUUCAGAGCCAUCUUUCUUUCUAUCUAUCUAUCUAUCUAUCUAUCUAUCUAUCUAUCUAUCUAUCUAUCUAUCUAUCUAUCUAUCUAUUGAGUUAUCAGAUAAAUCCGUUUGUUUUUUUGUUUUUUCCCAAAAUGAUUUGAAUUAA